CGGUAGUUUUCCUGUUCUCGUGGCCUGCGCCCCGCGCCGCACGGAGCCGGUUCCCGGGCGGUGGUUCCCCUGCGGGCCGGGCUCUGCAGGGAGGGCCGUCAUUCGGUGUUUACGUGAACUGUCCGUUAGCCCCAGUGUCCAGGCGAAACUGGGACUGGACGUUGAGGCCGGCCCAAGCCGGGGGUCUGACCUCUCCAGCUCCGCUGGCACUAAGUGAAUUACUGCUGGCGGAGCUUGUGGGACUGCACCCGGGCUCCGGCUGUCGUUGUUUCCGUGGGUCUGGCCGACUCUCCCCGAGCAGGACCCAGCUGCGCGGGGCGGGAGAACGAGGCAGGGCUGACGUGGCUUCCUGCUGGGAGCAGGGUCACGUCCCAGCGCCGCUGGCUGGCAUCACUUAUCGCAGUGGCGGAGAUCCUGAGAUGUUCGGAGGGGUUUUGUCUCACAGCCUGCAUAUCAGCCAGCCUCAGUGCCUUCCUGAGAACAGGCCAGUAUGCCCAAGAUAGCCCUGAAUGGCGUGACAGUGGACUUCCCCUUCCAGCCGUACAAAUGCCAGGAGGAGUACAUGAGCAAGGUCCUGGAGUGUCUGCAGAAGAAGGUGAAUGGCAUCCUGGAGAGCCCCACAGGCACAGGGAAGACGCUGUGCCUCCUCUGCACCACGCUGGCCUGGCGGGAGCACCUCCGUGACACCAUCUCUGCCCGCAAGAUCGCCGAGAGGACGCAGGGGGGACUUUUUGUCGAUCACACCUUGUCCUGGGGAGCUGCUGCUUCCGAUGGAGACAGCACAGCCUGCUACUCGGACGUCCCAAAGAUCAUUUAUGCCUCCAGGACCCACUCGCAGCUCACUCAGGUCAUCAGCGAGCUUCGGAGCACCUCCUACCGGCCCAGGGUAUGUGUGCUGGGUUCCCGGGAGCAGCUGUGUAUCCACCCUGAGGUGAAGAAGCAGGAGAGUAACCACAUGCAGAUCCACUUGUGCCGGAAAAAGGUGGCCAGUCGUUCCUGUCACUUCUACAACAACGUGGAAGAGAAGAGCCUGGAGCAGGAGCUGACUACCUCCAUCCUGGACAUUGAAGACCUGGUCAAAAGUGGGAACAAGCACAAGCUGUGCCCGUACUACCUGUCUCGGAACCUGAAGCAGCAGGCUGACGUCAUCUUCAUGCCGUACAACUACUUGUUGGACGCCAAGAGCCGCCGGGCGCACAGCAUUGACCUGAAGGGGACGGUUGUGAUUUUCGACGAAGCUCACAAUGUGGAAAAGAUGUGUGAGGAGUCGGCAUCCUUCGACCUGACCCCCCAUGACGUGGCUUCUGGACUGGACGCCAUAGACCAGGUCUUGGAGGAGCAGACCAAGGUGGCACAGCAGGGCGAGUUCCACUUGGACUUCAGUGCGGACUCUGCCGCCUCAGGGCUGCGCAUGGAGUUGGAAGACCUCGCCAAGCUCAAGGUGAUCCUGCUUCGCCUGGAGGGGGCCAUCGAUGCCGUUGAGCUGCCGGGGGACCAGAGUGGUGUCACCAAGCCAGGGAGCUACAUCUUUGAGCUGUUUGCCGAAGCCCAGAUAACCUUUCAGACCAAAGGCUGCAUCCUCGACUCCCUGGACCAGAUCAUCCAGCACCUGGCAGGACGUACGGGGCCGUUCACCAACACAGCGGGGCUGCAGAAGCUCUCAGACAUCAUCCAGAUUGUGUUCAGUGCAGACCCUGCGGAGGGCGUGUCUAGUUCCGUGAUGGGGCCUGGGGUCUCUCAAUCCUACAAGGUGCACAUCCACCCUGAUGCCGGUCACCAGAGGACAGCUCGGCGAUCAGACGCCUGGAACGCCACGGUGGCCAGAAAGCAAGGGAAGGUGCUGAGCUACUGGUGCUUCAGCCCCGGCCACAGCAUGCGCGAGCUGGUCCGCCAGGGCGUCCGCACCCUCAUCCUCACCAGCGGCACACUGGCCCCCGUGUCCUCCUUCGCCCUGGAGCUGCAGAUCCCUUUCCCAGUCUGCCUGGAGAACCCACACGUCAUCGACAAGCACCAGAUCUGGGUGGGGAUCGUCCCCAAAGGCCCCGAUGGAGCCCAGCUGAGCUCUGCCUUUGACAAACGGUUUUCUGAUGCAUGCCUGUCCUCCCUCGGCAAGGCGCUAGGCAACAUCGCCCGCGUGGUCCCGCACGGGCUCCUGGUCUUUUUCCCUUCCUACCCCGUCAUGGAGAAAAGCCUGGAGUUCUGGCGGGCCCGUGACUUUGCCAGGAAGCUGGAGUCCCUGAAGCCUCUAUUUGUGGAGCCGAGGAGCAAAGGUGGCUUCUCAGAGGUGGUGGAUGCUUAUUACACUCGAGUCGCCUCCCCCGGGUCCAGCGGGGCUACUUUCCUGGCUGUGUGCCGGGGGAAGGCCAGCGAGGGGCUAGACUUCGCGGACACGAACGGCCGCGGUGUGAUCGUCACGGGCCUGCCGUACCCCCCACGCAUGGACCCCCGGGUGGUCCUCAAGAUGCAGUUCCUGGACGAGUUGAAGGGCCGCAGCGGGCCUGGAGGUCAGCUCCUCUCCGGGCACGAGUGGUACCGGCAGCAGGCGUCCAGGGCUGUGAACCAGGCCAUCGGGCGGGUGAUCCGGCAUCGCCACGACUACGGGGCCAUCUUCCUCUGUGACCACAGGUUCACUCACUCGGACGCCAGAGCCCAGUUGCCCUCCUGGGUGCGCCCCCACGUCAAGGUGUAUGACAGCUUCGGCCACGUCAUCCGGGACGUGGCCCAGUUCUUCCGUGUCGCCCAGAAAAAUAUGCCGGUGCCGGCCCCCCCACUCGCUGCCCCAAGUCUGGGUGAGGGAGAAGGUGCUGUCAUGGUGGCCGUGUCGCCCGGCCCCCUCUCCACCAGGAAAGCCAAGAGUCUGGAUGUGCACGUCCCCAGCCUGAGGCGGAGACCCGUGGGGUCGCCGACCAGGGACGCCGAGAGCAGCCUGUGUGUGGAGUACGGGCGGGAGCUGGCCCUCGCUCAGCAGAGGCCUGUGGGGCUGCUGGCAGCCCUGGAACACAGCGAGCAUCUGGCUGGGGGGCCUGGGGACAAGGCCUCCCCUGGGGAGGAGAAGGCAGCGCAUGUCUCCACCCUGUCCCUCCCACGUGAGAAGAGGCCUGCACAGCAGCAGAAAGGAGGCAGAAGGAAGAUCAGGCUGGUGGGCAGCAGGGAGGGGCCGGCAGCCAGUACACAGGCGGGCAGGGCCAAGCUGUUCAUGGUGGCCGUGAAGCAGGCGCUGAGCCAGGCCAGCUUCGACACGUUCACCAGGGCCCUGCAGGACUACAAGGGCUCUGACGACUUUGAGGCUCUGGUGGCCUGCCUCGGCCCACUCUUUGCUGAGGAUCCCAAGAAGCACGGCCUGCUCCAAGGCUUCUACCAGUUCGUGCGGCCACACCACAAGCAGCAGUUUGAGGAGGUCUGCCUGCAGUGGACAGGCCAUGGCUGCGGCUACCGGCCUGAGCACAGCCUUCCCCAGGCCCCCAGGGGAAGGAGAGAGUGUAACCCAAAGCUGACCCUGUCCCAGGGUGCAGCCGGGCAACUGGACCCUGGACAGCACCUGAAUCAAGGCAGGCCUCACCUGGUCUCUGGACCGGCCCCGGCAGGAGACCCCAGCAGCUGUCCAAAAGAGGGUGGAUCUGGAGCCCCCAGGGUGGAGAAGCAAGGCCCGCCUGUGGGCAGCACCUACUUGGCCGAUGUCCGAAAGGCCCUGGGGUCCGUAGGCUGCAGCCAGCUCCUCGCAGCGCUCACCGCCUACAGACGGGACGGUGACUUCGAGAAGGUGGUGGCCGUGGCGGCCGCACUCACUACCUCAAGGCCCGAGGACUUGCACCUGCUGGAGAGGUUUGGCGCGUUCCUGAGACCUCGCCACCAGCAGCGCUUCCGGCAGGUGUGCGCCGACCUGAUGGGCCCGGCCGCCCCGACCGCGGGCCCUGAGCCGCCGGGUCCCCAGGACGGGACCCCCACCGUGCCUCCCGACCUCGCCCACGGUGAUUCCAGGCCAGGUCCCCCAGGACGGGACAAACCGGGGAGGACCCAGAGCAAGAUCUUGGCCUUCCUUAGACCGAGGCAGGCCGGGGAUGCGGGGGCUCCCAGCCAGCCCCCCAGCGCCCCCCGCAGGCACGCGCCCUCCGAGUCCGGCUCGGCGUGCCCCGGCUGCGGGGCGGAGGACACGGUCCCUUUCCAGUGCCCUUCCUGCAACUUCCACCGCUGCCGGGCCUGCUGGCGACGGCUCCUCCAGGCCUCUAGGACUUGCCCGGCCUGCCACGCCCCUGCUAGGAAGCAGAGCAUCACGCAGGUCUUCUGGCCAGAGCCCCAGUGAGGCUGGAGACCCUCGGGCAGGCGGACGCCACCUCUGUCCCAGACGCAGCCGGGACACUUGUCCCUUCACGGGGUGCGGGCCACGGGCCAGGCCAGUGCCCGUGGGGAUGCCCCUGAAAUGGCAGCAGGAUCGGCGCCUGCCUAUGAGAAGCCCCGAAGUACCCUUAGGGUCUGGGGAGGGUCUGCUAAAAGGUACCUCUUCAGAACUUUCCUUGGCUGCUUGUUUGUGGGUGGAGCUUCAGGCGCAUGGCUGCUGCGGCCUGAGCCCAGGACUGGAAGGUGGGGGAAACGCUCUGCUCCCUCCUCUCCGGGACCUGUGUGUGCGGGCGCACGCGCAGUGGACCUGCUUUUAAUCAGGUGACAGGUUCUCUAAUAAAGUUGCGGAUACCGUA